UUCUGCAGCCUGUCAGUCUGUCAGUUAGUCAGUGAAGCGUUUUGGCCGGGUCUGUGGUGGCUCACCUGCAGCCCAGCGUGCAGGAUGAAGGCCCACUGGUGGAGCUGUGUGUUGGGAUUACUCUGUAUGCAUGCUGAGGUAACACUCAGCACCUGGACAGUUUCUCAAGAGCCCUCGUCCAUCUCUCUGAUAAAGGUCAACUCAUCAUUUAAGAUCACGUGCUCCACAUCACGGCCUGAUCCAUCGGGCUUCUACCUGCACCGACGUUUUCAUGGCAAAAAGGAUGUAGUGUACCUAUCCUUGGACAACGGAGAAGUGACCAAGAAUACCAUAACUGCAGAUUUUCUGGGUCGAAUUCAUGUCACUCGAGAGCAGCAGAUCAAUAAGGGCCAUGGGUUCACCCUGCAUCUCUCUCUGCUGGGAGUGAUGAACACAGAUUUUUAUUACUGCAGCUGGAAAUACUUAAAAUCAGAGACGGCUACAGUGGACACCCUGUCCAGCAAUGGCACCAUUAUUAUUGUCACAGAGAGAGAUCCCCAUGAACUAUGCAGGAGCCCCAUUUUGGAUCUCGUCUUCAUUGCCUUGAGUGUGACAGCAUUCACCAUCGCAAUGAUCCUCUUAAUUGGAACUCUGAUUGCGAGAUGCAAACGAUUUAAAAAGCAGUUCAGACCCGCCAGAGCCCCAAAUCCACCCAGGCGACCCAACAGGCCUCAGCGCCCCUGUCCUCAGCAGCCAAUCCACCAUUGUCCCUACCUAGUCACAUCUGUAAAUACUUUGGACUUCAGAGGCAUUCUGUAAAUGUAUCGGUAUUGGAGGGUUUUGUAACAGAUGAUUGACGUGUUUUGAGUCAGCAGCAGCAGUUCGCCUCGUGUGCUCAGGAAAAGUGUCUCACCUCUUGCUCUGCUCUCCAUUUCCUUUUAUACAAAAAAUUUUUCUUUGUUUGCAGAAAAGUGAUCGAGCCACCACAUCCUGGCUGAUGUGUGGUGUACAGGUGCGAUGCGUGUGAACAGUGUUGGUAAUUUAAAACUGCAGAGCAAGAAUUUUUGUUAUUAUGCUUCACAUAUUGGCCUGAUUUGUUGACUUUUGCAGAAUGAUUAUUUUACGUAUUUCCUAUGUAACUGAUAUAGAAAAAAAAAAGAGUUUGAGCUGCCAAAUGCGUAAAUUGCAGUUUCCUGUCUGAAUUGAUAUGUACAAUAAAUGCAAUUAUUUUCCAA